AGUCCACAGAGCAGUUUCCUCGCUGUUUCUGUGCCGUUCUGGACGCUCAUGACUACGAGGGUGAGCAGCUGAUCCCGCUUGAAUCGACCCUUUUCCUCACUUUUAUUGAGCCGGCGUGACUAUAAAGAGCUGAUUGUUGUACACACUGGGGGCAGCCACAUUAGGAUGAGCUGCCUUACAGCCCCCCAGAUCUUCAGGGACUAACGCACACAUACAGCAGUCAAUGCAGUCUUCCAGAGACUCUCCCUCCCAAAGGCUGAGAAUCCAGCUGCAGCAUCAGAAUGUCACGUGUCUCCUCAACCGCCAAACGCUAUGCUGGCCCCUCCUACGCCAGCCACUACAGUUCCUACAGCCCCUCCCUGACCCCAGGCCUUAGCUCCUACAGCGAUCGAGACAGGCUGUCGAACUAUAAGUCAACCUCUUCUCCCACCUCCUCCUUGGGUUUUUCCUCCUCCAGCUAUUUAAGCAGCUCCACCUCCCGCAGCCGCAAUUACAGCACCUCUUCAGACCCUGAGCGUGGACGAACCAUCCCGCACACGGACAUCUAUGGAAGCAGCAGCAGCAGCAUUAUCAGCCGCCGAAGUGAAAGUCUCAGCAGAACCCCUGUGAAGACCUACAGUGGAUCAGGGCUAAGUGGAGGAGCCACCUAUUCUAGCUACAGUUCCUACUCAUCACCUCUGGCUCAAAAAAGCUACCUCUCUUCACCGGUGGCCUCUAAUACGUCACUCAACAGACGAAAAUCUGUAUCACAGAGUGACCUGAGCAGGGACUUGGCCUCACUGGGCCUCAGCAAUGCUUCGUCCCUCUCCUCCACCCCGUCCUCCUCCAUCAGUGCCCCACGAAACUACCGGAGUCGAACUACAGAUGUGGUCAACUCUUACGGAUCCCGCCCAGGCUCUUCUACUCAGGAGGCCCCCUUACGCAGCUCCACCCAGGAGGCCUUCAGCAGCAGCAGCAGAAAGUUCAGCUCACUGACAUGGGAGCCCAGCAGUGAAGGUCUGCCUGAAUCCCCAAACAGGACCUCCACGAACUCCAAGAGUACCCAAGGCCUGGUGGGACUGAAGAACCUAGGAAACACUUGUUUCAUGAACAGCAUCCUGCAGUGUCUCAGCAACACUCAGAGCCUGCGAGACUACUGCCUGCACAACUUACACCGCAGAGACCUUAACAACAACAGCCGCACCAACACAGCCCUCAUGGAAGAAUUUGCCAAGCUCAUUCAGACCCUGUGGACAUCGUCCAGCAGCGAGGCAGUCAGCCCGUCCGAGUUCAAAACUCAGAUCCAGAGAUACGCCCCCAGAUUUGUGGGGUACAACCAACAGGACGCACAAGAGUUCCUGCGGUUCCUGCUGGACGGCCUGCACAACGAAGUCAACAGAGUCAGCGUCCGGCCGAGAGGAACGGCGGAGGACUUUGACCACCUCCAAGACGAAGAGAAAGGAAAGAAAAUGUGGAGUAAAUACGUUGAGAGAGAAGACAGUAAGAUCGUUGACCUGUUUGUGGGACAGCUGAAGAGCUCUCUGACCUGCAGCCACUGCGGCUUCUGCUCCACUGUCUUCGAUCCAUUCUGGGAUCUGUCUCUGCCCAUCUCCAAGAAGAGCUACGGUGAAGUGAGUCUGAUGGACUGCAUGCGCCUCUUCACCAAAGAGGACGUCCUUGACGGGGACGAGAAGCCUACGUGCUACAGAUGUAAGGCCCGGAGGAGGUGUACGAAGAAGUUCAGGAUACAGAAGUUCCCCAAGAUCCUAGUGCUGCACCUGAAACGUUUCUCUGAAGCACGAAGAACCAGCAAACUCUCCACCUUUGUCAACUUCCCCUUGAAGGAUCUCGACCUCCGCGAGUUUGCCUCUGGAAAUAGCACAAAUGCAAUGUACAACCUGUAUGCAGUGUCCAACCACUCAGGCACCACCAUGGGGGGUCACUACACAGCCUACUGUCGCAACCCCAACUCGGGAGAAUGGUACACCUUUAACGACUCCAGAGUAACGCCAAUGUCCUCCAGCCAAGUCCGGAGCAGUGACGCGUACGUCCUGUUCUACGAGCUGGCCUCCUCCUCGCGGAUGUGAGGCCUCCUCAGGAGCUGAGAACCUCGGCGCCGCUGCUCCAAGGCGGAAGGAGAUGGAAGCUGCUGCUGGAUUUGUGUUUGGAUAUUUAUUUCUGGAAACCACAGCUGUCCACAGGAACUCAACCAGCUCUUCUGUGUGUGUCUGUCUGUGCUCCUGUGUCAUGCUCAUGCUGUGUGUGUGUGUGUGAGUGUGUGUGCGCGUGCAUGUGUGUGUGUGUGUGAAAGGCAGACAAAGGGCAAUAAUCCCCUUUAACCAGCCAACCGAGUCCUUCUCUAUGCACUGCAAACCAAACGAGCAUCCUGACUGCGCCUUGGUCUCUCCUCCUCCGUUUUUCUCAGCCUCCACACAAUAAACUCCUGUUUUGUUCGUUUCCUUUGUUCAGUUGAACCAACGACACAAGCGUUCCCCGCCUUGUUCCUCCGAUGGUUACAGUGUGUCUGAGGGGCUUUAGGCGCCCGCAUGAACGUCUGUGAUGGUUCGUCAAUGUACGUUUAGUCAGCAGAGGCGGGGGUGGUCAUGUGACGCGUUUGGCCUCUGCUGUAGAAGAUGCUGUGAAGGAAGGGAUGGACAGAUCAGCAAUCAUCUCCAUCCUACGAGCUCUUUUCUUCCUCUCUUGUUUCACGCCAUCGAACAACAUGGAAAGAAUGUUUUCACGACAGAAAUAUCUCUCUAUUUUUAUAUCCUGAUGCAAUAUAGAGGAUGUUCUCUAAAGAGUUUGAUGAAAACGACCCAUAACUGUUUUCUGAUAUUUAAGUUUCAAGAGAGAGAAAAAAAGGUCUUAUUUAUGCUUAGAGAUGAAAAUGUGACUAGUCACUCUUUUACUAUUUUUAAAAGUAUAUAUAUAUAUAAAUAUAUAUACACACAAACUAUGAAUGUAUGAAUAAAAGUCAACAACACAGUG